CCGCUAAACGCAGGGGACGGUUUCGUCUUAAAAGAGAAACGGCGGCCGCUCGCGCGAAGUGGGCCCCCUUCCUCCCGUCGCUCUCCAGGCCGUGCGCGGGGCCGCCGGGGGCGCAGCCGCAGUCGGGGUCCUGUAGCAUGGCUUCUUCCCCGGCGGAUGCCUCCCGCAGGCAGCGACGGGAGAAGCGGAGGCAGCUGGAUGCCCGCCGCAGCAAAUGUCGAAUACGCCUGGGCGGCCACAUGGAGCAGUGGUGCCUCCUGAAGGAGCGGCUGGGCUUCUCCCUGCACUCGCAGCUUGCCAAGUUCCUGUUGGAUCGGUACGUUUCUUCAGGCUGUAUACUCUGUGCAGGCCCUGAGCCUUCACCCCCCAAGGGGCUGCAGUACCUUGUACUCCUGUGUCAUGCUCACAGUCGAGAGUGCAACCUGGUGCCAGGGCUGCGAGGGCCUGGGGGCCGUGAUGGGGGACUCGUAUGGGAGUGCUCAGCAGGUCACACCUUCUUCUGGGACCCCUCUUUGGGCUCCACACCUCCAGAGGUACCCAGGCCAGUCCCCCUUCGAUGCUCUGCCCGGAGACGCUGGUGCUCAGAGACCAGGAGUGGACAGGAGGAGCCUGCAGGUUUAGAAUCUGACGAUGGUGAGAGGACUCAGGAGUCCAAGUUGCCAAGGGCGGUAGGACCCCCACCAGAGACUUCCCUGCACCCAGGCGAGGAAGAGAAGGAGGAAGAGGAGGAUGAAGAGGAUAUGCUCAGUGAUGCCAGCCCAUGGACCUACAGCUCCUCCCCAGAUGACAGUGAGCCAGAUGCCCCCAGGUCCCCAAGACCACCUCCUGCUCCUCUCCCCCACUCCCUUAAGGAGGAAGAUACACCACCUGCCCCCUCAGACCGCCCCAAUCUGCCGGCUACACCAUCCUCUUCAGUAUCCUCACUGGGUUCUGGACUUCCUCUGACUGUGGAAAUCAGGAUACAGCCAAAUCUCAGCGGGACCCCUCAGGUGGCCCAGGAGACUGAGCCCCCGGCUAGCCCUGGGAGUCAGACCCAGUCAGCUCCAGCCCCGGCCUGGGAUGAAGACACUGCACAGAUUGGCCCCAAGAGAAUCAGGAAAGCUGCCAAAAGAGAGCUUCUGCCCUGUGACUUCCCUGGCUGUGGAAAGAUCUUCUCUAACAGGCAGUAUUUGAAUCACCACAAGAAGUACCAGCAUAUCCACCAGAAGUCCUUCUCCUGCCCAGAGCCGGCCUGUGGGAAAUCUUUCAACUUUAAGAAACACCUGAAGGAGCACAUGAAGUUGCACAGUGACACCCGGGACUAUAUCUGUGAGUUCUGUGCUCGGUCGUUCCGCACCAGCAGCAACCUUGUCAUCCACCGACGCAUCCACACUGGAGAGAAACCCCUACAGUGUGAGAUCUGUGGAUUCACCUGCCGCCAGAAAGCCUCCCUGAACUGGCACCGGCGGAAGCACGCAGAGACAGCGGCUGCCUUGCUCUUCCCCUGUGAGUUCUGUGGCAAGCGCUUUGAAAAGCCAGACAGCGUUGCAGCCCACCGCAGCAAAAGCCACCCAGCACCACUCCUGGGCCCACAGGAGUCAUCUGGCCCAUUGAAUCCCUCUCCCAGCAUCUCUAUUCCUGGGCUUCUGGGGUCCACUGAGGCCCCAGGGGCCAUGCAGCUAGGGGCCAGGCCCUCCGUGUCUCCUCAGGCUCAGGCCCUGCUCCCUCAGAAAUGAGCACUUCCUCCCAGGCUUUGGGGAGCCAGAUCCCAGGGACUUGAAGGGAACAAGGAGAGUAGUCCAGAGAAGCACCAGAUGCCUGGGUCCCCAGGAACUAGGGCUAGGAGGAGUUCCAAGUGAAGUCCUGGGGAAGUAGGGGAGCUGGACUACUUUAGCGUACCUGAAGGACAUAAUAAAUAGUAUUUUGUGUGGGCAUGUGUGGCCCGAGUGAGUGUUUUGUGCCUGAAGCACAGGAAUCCUAACUGAAAGCAGGCUUUGUAGAACGUGCCAGAGUGGCAUGUAGGUGUGUGUCCCUGGUCCUCUCCCUGCAGGUCCUUUGCCUGCCCGCCCUCCACUCACUCCGAAGUCCCCAGCUUGCUUUAGGGACUGUUUGGCACUUUGCAGCCCUUUCCCAAGGAGUGUCAACCCCACUCUUGCACUGAAGUAGGGCAGACUGUAACAGUCUGACGAGCUUUAAGUCUCUCCAGGGUGGAGCAGGAAGAGAAAGGUAUGUGAUUCUGGGCCACAUCAGUGGUUGCCACUCACCAAGAAAACCAGACAUGUAAACCCUGAAGAGGCUUACCUUCCAGUGCAGAAAUGAGGGGCCCUGCAUGCAAGGAGAUCGCUGAGCUAUCCUGGGAAGAGAGGAGAGGACUUGGAACUGCCAAAGCAGCUGGCUCUUAGACCACUUCAAAGUCUGCAAAGACCAUAAGCUUCAGGUUUCACAAAAGAAGCUCUUGGCAUCAGGAACCAAAACAAACAGCUCUUUAUUUCACCAGCCAUAAGCAAAAAGUCAUUAACCAAUUCCAGGGGAUUUUCCACUCUGCCCUCUCCCCUUUGUGGAGUAUGUUUCACCAUAAACAGAGACCCUGGCUCCAAGCUUGAGCUAGAAAUAAUAUUCUGAUGUUCUACCUGGCAGUGCCCAGCCUUGUGGACCCACUUGGCUUGGCCUGGGGCCCAGGCAAAUGUCAGCCUUCCCCCACCUUGCUGGAGAACACUGUCCUGAGAGAGGCAUCUCCAGUUAAGACACCAUGGGGACAGGUGGGUAGCCAUGCUGAAGGGUGCCUGCCUACCUUCACACUGGUGGGCCACCUCCACCAGGCACCAGGUUGGGUGCUUCUGAUGAGACAUCCUUCAUUGAAGUGAUCUCUCUGCCUCCCAGAUUCCCACCUUGACAACCCACCUGUCUCAAAAACUGAGAAAGUAGCAGAGACUGAAAGUCAUGUGGAAGCAAGAAAACCAGAGGGUGGUGGGAUUUGAUCUUGGAGCCACACCUGUGAUCAUUAGCUGGAGAGACAGCAGCCAAAGAACCAGGAGAGGCAGUGGAGAUGUAGGCUGGAAUUAGGAGAUGGGACAAGAGGAGACAGCACACGGUGGGAAAACAGGAAAGAAACACAGGAGAGCACAGCAGCGAUGGGCCACACCAAUGCCGAGCCCUCUUGUUUGCUUGGAGUCUGAGAGGUUUUCCCUGAUUCCCUGCACCUACACUCCGGAGGAAAAGAAGCAGGGCAGUGAAGACUGAGAACAUAAAAGAACUGACAGGAAGGCCAGGUUAAGGGCAACCAACAGAUAGGAGGAAAGGCAGCAGGCCAUCCAUCUUUCCCCAAACCCUGGUCGGCGAGUUCCCCGUGUCCCUAGUGGCAGUUGUGGGUAGUUAUCCAGCGCCCUUGAGACAAGCCUCUUAGCACUUCUGCCCCAACUGCGACACAAAGAGCCCCUGCUUUUCCUGUCCAGCCUCCCCUGU